UGGCACAACAGAAGAACCUUGAGGGGUACGUGGGGUUCGCCAACCUCCCCAACCAAGUGUACAGAAAGUCAGUGAAGAGGGGCUUUGAGUUCACUCUCAUGGUCGUCGGGGAAUCUGGAUUGGGGAAGUCAACGCUCAUCAACUCUCUGUUCCUGACAGACUUGUAUUCUCCAGAGUAUCCCGGACCCUCGCACAGAAUCAAAAAGACUGUUCAGGUGGAGCAGUCUAAGGUGCUGAUUAAAGAGGGUGGGGUUCAACUGCUGCUCACUAUUGUGGACACGCCAGGGUUCGGAGAUGCCGUGGAUAACAGCAACUGCUGGCAGCCUGUCACCGAUCACAUCGACAGCAAGUUUGAGGAUUACCUCAAUGCAGAGUCACGCGUCAACAGACGCCAGAUGCCUGACAGCAGAGUACACAGCUGUCUGUACUUCAUCGCCCCCUCUGGACAUGGACUGAAACCACUGGAUAUUGAGUUCAUGAAACGAUUACAUGAAAAAGUGAACAUCAUCCCGCUCAUCGCUAAAGCAGACACACUGACUCCAGAGGAGUGCCAACAGUUCAAGAAGCAGAUAAUGAGAGAGAUCCAGGAACACAAGAUCAAAAUCUACGAGUUCCCAGAGACAGACGAUGAAGAGGAGAGCAAGCUAGUGAAGAAGAUCAAGGACCGUCUGCCUCUGGCUGUGGUGGGCAGCAACACCAUCAUCGAGGUCAAUGGGAAGCGUGUACGAGGGCGGCAGUACCCCUGGGGCGUGGCAGAAGUGGAGAAUGGGGAGCACUGCGACUUCACAAUCCUUCGAAACAUGCUCAUCAGAACUCACAUGCAGGACCUGAAGGACGUGACCAACAAUGUGCAUUAUGAGAACUACCGCAGCAGGAAGCUGGCUGCUGUCACCUACAACGGGGUAGACAACAACAAGAGCAAAGGACAGCUCACGAAAUUUGACACAGGUGAAGGCAUGAGCCCCCUGGCACAGAUGGAGGAGGAGAGAAGAGAGCAUGUGACAAAGAUGAAGAAGAUGGAGAUGGAGAUGGAGCAGGUGUUUGAGAUGAAGGUUAAAGAGAAGAUCCAGAAACUCAAAGACUCUGAGGCAGAGCUGCAGCGUCGUCACGAGCAGAUGAAGAAGAAUCUGGAGGCUCAGCACAUGGAGCUGGAGGAGAAAAGACGUCAGUUAGAGGAGGAGAAGGUCAGCUGGGAGGCUCAACAACGCGUGCUGGAGCAGCAGAAGCUGGACGCUUCCAGGACCUUGGAAAAGAACAAAAAGAAAAAGAUAUUUUAAAAUUCUUGGACCAUCACCACAUUCUAGUUGCCAAUUCAACCAGUCUGGACCCUCUGUCUGUCUGCCAACCAAGAAAAACAAAACCAUACAUUUAAAUACAGCCCCUUGUUUUUGUUUAUUCGAUGUAGUUUUUUCCCCUGUUGGUAUAUGAGGGGGCAGCUUUGAGCAUCACACACCUCUGGACACCUCAUUGACCUGGAAUCACUUCACCCUGUCUGCCCUUUGCAUUGUUUUUCCACAUCUAAAAGCAUAUGGCGUUUAUUUGCUGGACUACAGAAACUGAGAGAAUUAAAACAUUGCAAAGAACUUCACAGAAAUACUCAAAACUAUCUGAAAGAAAAAACACUUUGGAUUUGUUCUGUAACCGACCAAUUCCCCUCCUCCAUCAUUUACAUUUGUUUAAUGAUCCAGAAGUCACUUCCUCCUUUCCAACUGCUUAUUGAUUGACCAGGUCAAUAAAAUGCUGAAUCUGAGCUCAGGCAUUUCUGUUGUCAAACAACAUUUUAUGGCUUUUUUUCCCCCUUUCAGAAAUGUUAAGGUCUUCCAAUGUUUGUGUAAUUUAAAUUAUUGAGACAUGGACCUUAGCCAUUCAUGAAACAUAACAUCAGUUACUAUUGAUUCAUCAUUUUUGUUCUUUCCAGUUCACUGUUUGUUUACUGUGACAUCAUAAUUAAAGGAAUAUUUUACACCACCCUCAUUUUUGGGUGAACUAUUCCUUUUUGAGGUAGCACAUCAUUUAGAGCCUUGAGAUAAUCCUCCUUUUAAAAAAGGUCUAGUACCAUUGUGAGACGUGAUUAUGCAAAUACUUCGAGGAUUUGUAACGCAUUGUGAGGCUGUUUUAAUAAUUUGAUCAUGUUUAAUGACGACCACUAGGUGUGUGUCCUGUUCUUCCUCAUGUUAACUGACAGUGAGCUGGCAUUAUUGGCCAGUUGUUGUUGUUUUUUUUUUCUUCCCACCCUGAGCUGGCCUCCCCGAGACCAGUUAUCUUUCAGUUAUGUACAUCUGCAAGUUCUUUUUUUAUAUCAUUUGAUUUCCUCAUUUUAUGGUUUUGCUUUUAUUAUUUUUUUUAAUUGUACAAAGUCACAUAAUAAACUUGUGAUGAUGCCACUUGAAUUGUAUGGGUUGUUUU